AUGUUGUCCCGGUUUCACCAUUAUCAUGGUUCAAAUAUUAUUUUAUUCGAAGACAAUACAGUGGCAUACAGAAAAACAAGUUUUGCUCACGGCCUGACGUUUAGCGAGAAGCCUUUAUUACCCGGUGAAAUAUUUUUAGUUGAAAUAGAAAAGACGGAACGAGGGUGGAGUGGUCAUAUGCGCCUCGGUCUAACAUUACUUGACCCACAGACUGCCGCGCUAGGUGAUAAAGGUUUACCCCAAUAUGCCCUACCCGAUCUCGCUAACACGGGUAUGUCAUGGAUCUUUCCUAUAUCGAAAUCUCAGAACAAUGUUAUAAGUACUUUCGAGCUCGUAAAUCAAGGCUCAGUUCGUCGCGAUAACGAGUCCAGGGUAUCGGUCCUUGGAAAUGGUCACAGCGUCCGAACUCCUAGAGGAUUUGUCUCCAAAAUGAUUCUGAGGCCCCAGAACUUGUCCCAAAAGGGUUCACCACAGGGUAUUUUGCCUAUGGACGCAGGAAGUCGCAUUGGAGUCAUGUAUGUACCAUGCCCAAAAACUAGUAAAGAUGAACCCGACUUGGCUGAAAUGCAUUUCAUAAUAAAUGGUGAAGAACAGGGUCCUUGUGCUAAAGCUAUACCUUACACUAGUGGGCCCUUACAUGCAGUGGUAGAUGUUUAUGGGACAACAAAAAGAGUGAAAAUUAUUCAAUUAUAUGGAGUGAAUAGUCUACAGAAUAUAUGUAGAGAUGCCAUACUUCAAUAUGUUAAAAAUAAUUCUGUUAAAUCAUUACCUCUGCCCCAAUGUUUGAAAGAUUACCUGCUCUCCUAG